AUGCCAACCAGAUCCACCGAUAGCAACAGAGCUCCUCUCAUGGCGGUUGCCGUUGUCCACCACCAUUUCCCCCCAUCCCACAAUCCCUCUCUGAAACCCUCCCCUCUCAUCCGUCGCCGCCGCCUCCUCUCCUUCCCCCACUCCUCCUCCCACCGCCCCCAUCCCCAAUCCCCCAUUCUCAAUCUCAUGGCCGGACGCACCAGCGCCGCUCUCCAAUCCCUCGUUGAAGAGGUUUCCGCUACCAUCUCCUCCGGCGCUCCCCCCAUUCCUGCCCUCGCUGGCCUCGGCGGCGCCCUCUUCCUCCGCAACCGUUCCGGAGACUGUCUCGCUGUCGUUAAACCCUUUAAUGCAGGCGAGACCGGCGUCCGUGAGGCCGCAGCUUACCUCCUCGACCACGCGGCCUUCGCCGGCGUUCCCCCAACAGCCCUUAUUCAAAUCUCCCACCCUCCGACAAAUCUCCUCGCCUCCAUCCAACGCUUUGUUCCUCACGAAUUCGACGCCGGAGAUCUCGGACCGUCUAGAUUCUCCGUCGCCUCCGUUCACCGGAUCGGUAUUCUCGACAUCAGGUUGCUUAACACCGAUCGCCAUGCCGGAAAUCUUCUCGUCCAGAAACAGAGCGUCGAUAAAAAUCGCACCUUUGAUGGAGCAGAGCUCGCCACCGAGCUCGUGCCCAUCGAUCAUGGCCUCUGCUUGCCGGAGCUGCUCGAAGACCCUUAUUUUGAAUGGCUUCACUGGCCGCAAGCCGCCGUGCCAUUCUCCGGUGAGGAAAUACAGUACGUUUCAAAAAUCGAUCCUUUUAAAGACGCCGAGCUUCUCCGAGCUGAGCUGCCGUCGAUUCGUGAACCGGCCAUCAGAAUUCUUAUACUCUGCACCAUCUUCUUAAAAAAGGCGGUGGAUUUCGGCCUCUGCCUGUCCGAGAUUGGCGGCAUGAUGACCAGAGAGUUCUGCAGGAUGGAGGAAGGAGAGAGUUUCCUGGAGUCUCUUUGCACGAAAGCAGAGGAAUCCAUUGGAGCCGAAAGCGAGCUCGGAGAAGAAGAUGACGUGAAAGAAUAUCAGGAGUUGUGCGAGAAGCCUUUGGAUCUGAACUGCCAUGGCGCUGGGGUUGAGAGGAGCAAGAUGAUAUCUUUCAAGGACAAGAAUGAGGAACAAUGGAUGUUAUUCUUGGAAAGAUUUGAGCAGAUUUUAACAGAGGUUUUUGAGGUAAUGAAGAAGGUGGAGGUGAAGCUCAAGCCUGGUUCUCCCUGCAACAUUUGAAUUCUUUCUAGUGAUGCAGAUAUAGCUAGUGUGAUUAUUCCUUAAUCCCUCUAUCUCUCUCCCUCUCUCUCUCUCUCUCUCCCUCUCUCCCUCUCUCUCUCUC